GCAAAUCAACGCGGCCAUAUUUAUAUCUUUGGUGGUUUGGUAGCUGAUUCCGCUAUGAACGAUCUUUGGUUAUUAGAAACUGAUGGCGCUCAUUAUCCAAACGCGAAUCCCAUCAGAGCACAUUGGGUACACACCAAUGGUGAUUUACCACCACCUAGAGUUGGUCAUAGAAGCGCUCUAUGGAAGAAUUGGAUUCUGGUUUGGGGUGGUGACACUUUAAACUCAGAUUUAAUGGGUUCUGCUGGUCAAUCACAAGAUAAUAUCCUUUACGCUUUUGAUACAAACACUCGCUUAUGGAUGCGUGUACAAAUCACAGGUGGUUCUCCAGUCGGUAGAUAUGGUCAUUCAAUGGGUCUCAUCGGUGACAAACUCUAUAUCCACGGUGGUCAAGUCAACGGCGACUUCUUCUCUGAUAUUGCAGUAUUUGAUUUAAAUCAACGU